AAUCGCAUUCGUGGUAGCUUUCCUGACAUUCAUAUGAAAAUUUCGGAUAAAAUGUUGCUGCAUAUCCUGCAGCUGUUGCUAAGCAUACCUUCCGGUGAGGCCGAUACAGCCGAGCGUGUUGUGGAUGAAUUCGAAGUGGAAGCUAGAGCUGAAAGAAGACGGAGGUUUGACAAGCCGAGCGACAUCGUCAUCAAAGAAGAAGACGAGUCGGAGAACGUCCCUGGGGAAGCGAAAAAGAAAGUAGAUGCACAACGCCAGGUUCAGCUGGACUUACAGUUUUUGCUGGGCAAGGUUUGCAUGGAGAUUCAGAGAUACGUGAAUGGCAGCGUUGUUCCCUACCUGACGUUCAGUAUCAAAAAAAUUGGCGCGGAUUUUAAAAUGAAAACGUUUGAAAUGUACUUCAAGGCGUACAUAGGCGUUAUCGAACUGCAGUACACUGAACCACUCGGUAGACGCGGUGUCUUAUAUUUGAUCCGCAAGGGAUUAGACGAAGGGACUGAACGCAAUCUGAUCAGCAUCGAUUACACACAGGCGGACAAGCACAGUCCGUUCUUCGAGUCUGAGUUCAACAUGAUCGAGCAGAAGGUGGCAAUUAACGCUGACCCGUUGAUUUUUGACGUGCACCAGGAAGCGCUAGUGGACAUGCAGAAGUUUUUCUUGGCACUGUCUAACGAAAUUAAUUACAUGAAAGACAGUGCGGAAAAAACGACCGUAGCGUUUUCGAAAACGACUGCACCGCCCAGGAGAACUUUCAGCGUUUCUUCACUAAGCACCAAUUCGUUGAAAGGAAUUUUGCUGAACAUGAUUCAAAAAAAGAAGGCUAUUAGCGCUUCGUUUUGUUUGAAGACAUUGAGCAUUAUCGAUGCUGACCAGCAUUCAUUGUUUACGCAGAUCUUGUCGGCGGUUAGCAAAGAAGUUUUUCGGGCUGAGGUUACGAUGUACAAUUAUACGGAAGAGGAAAAAAUUAACCGAAAGCUGAACGACGUAGAUAUGGACGUUGUCAUUCGAUUUUCUGAAAUGAGAUUCGUGUUCCUGAAUUACUUUGUUAGCAGACUUUGCAACUGGAUUGCACCUUUUCAAGCAGCAGCUGAGAAAACAGCAUCGUACGCAGGUACCGCCCUACAAGAGAGCGCGAAGGAAGCGGCUGAAGUUCUACAGAAGCAGCAGACGCCGUCUCUGCUAAAAUUAGACGUGAUGAUUCAGACGCCGGUUGUACUAAUACCCCAGAACUCGAAGUCAACCGCAGCUUUGCUGGCAAAUUUUGGUACUGUCACCGUGGCAAAUAGAUUUGCUUUGAAGAACUGCAAAUCCGGAAACUCGGAAUAUAUCCUUGACCAACUGUCGCUCAAUUUGACCGACCUCAAGUUCUCCAGGAUAUUGAUUGGAAACGAUCGCUUCACCACACAGGCUGAAUGUUUGAUCUUGGAGCCAGUGACGAUUAUGUUAGCCGUUUCGCGUAAUUUGUCGUUUUCUUGGUAUAAAGAGGUUCCAAGCAUCACGAUGAGUUUAAGCGAAGAGGAUUAUACAGUUGUUAUGAACACUGUUAGUCAGAACCUGUCUGAAGUUGAACCGCCACCCACAACAUUGAAGGCUGUCUCUGCUAAUGUCGAACACAGGGAGCCUAAAGUGGUAGAAGCAGACAAGGAAGUAGUUCAACAGACGCAACAGAAAGUGUCGGCCGACUUUGGUAAUUCUAGCAGGGCAGCAGUAGGAAAGUCAUCGUUCACUGCGGAAAAGGGUGGGUCAGAUUUGGUGCAGUUCAAAUUUAUGGUAGAGAAGAUCGCAAUGUUGCUGUAUGCUGGAUCUUCUAACUUGUUGAGUGGAAGUAUGCCACGACCGGUUGAUCGAUCGCUGGCCGGUCUCGAAUUUCUUAUGAUCGGCCUUAGUGGGAAAAUUUCUGAAGACGGCACAAUCGUUUCCAACAUCAGUCUGCAAAAUGUGACCGUCAAGGACCUGCGAGUGAAAAGCACAGGCAUCAGAAAAUUUCUGUCGUCGAGCAGUGCGCAGCAAAGUUUGGUCGCCUUGAGCUACAAUAAAAACGGCGUUUCCAGUCGUCAGAAUGUCGAACUAUAUCUUCAUCCAGUCUACAUCUGCCUCAGUCCCAGCUUUCUUAUGCUCUUAACCAAUUUUUUCAGCGGUAAAGAAGACGCAGCAGCGUCGUCUGCGAAACAGAAACAGGUGACGGAAGAGAAGCAGGAAAACCCGGACGUAGCCGCGGAUGCUCCUGAGAAGCAGAAAGAAGUUACUGCGCCAAGUUGUACUUCGGAAUUGAUAAUUCUGAUUCACGUGCUUGGCUUUGAAGUGAUACUCGUCGAGGAUUGUCCAGUCCCGGAAAAUACGCAAGCAAUUUUUUUGAAGUUCAUAUCUGAACUGCAUCUGAAAUCGGUGCAAGACCAGUCGUGCAUCGAGGCAUCGAUUACUGGUUUGGAGAUGUACUCGGGCUACUACAUCAUGGAAAAACGUAAGAUUGGAAAAUUACAGAUUUUGAACCCUUGCGCGCUGUCGCUGUUGUAUAAUACAUCGAGUGAAUCGGACCAUGGAGAAAUUAAACUCACAUCAUUGGACAUUCAUGUGUCUCCAUCGACCGUUAGACUUCUGUGCGGUGCUAUGGCCGAAAUGGCGAAACCUCAGGAUAUUGCUCCGAGCGAAGAGACGCAAGGCGUUGAAAAAAAUCUUUGGUGCGAACGUAGGAUCUCCGACGCUGCAUUUUGGUUUUUCAGUGAAGUGAAAACGGCAUCGGAAGCUCAGGAAACGCCGUCAGAGUCCACCGCACUGAAUUUUUCAAGUCGUCCAGAGGUAUCGUCGAUUAAAGAGCAGCAGCUUUUCUUUUCAUUGGAGCAACUCUCGAUUACGCUUGAAAUAGAUGGCGAAGGGGGUGCCACUCCAUUGAUUUAUGUACUUUCGUCGUUUCGUGCCGAAGUCGAAGACUGGUCAUCAAGCUUAUCAGCGAAUGCUCAGAUAACGUGGGAGGUGUCGUACUUCAACGACCACGUGUCCACGUGGGAACCGCUUUUAGAGCCUGUUCAGGAAGAUCGUCACUACCGGCCCUGGGAGUCCCGGAUAAUCGUUGAAUCUAAUUCUGAGGAUGACGUCGUUGAAGACGAUUAUAUUUCCGUUCAGCCGAAAAUGAACGUCAUCGUGACAUCGAGCGACAUUAUGGAACUCACCGUCACGAAGUCGUGCUUGGAUAUGAUUACGAAAUUGUCGCAGGCUUUUACGGCCGCUGCGAAACUCACUCCACCUGAGCCAGCUUCUGCUUCCGAGUUUAUUGCUCCAUACGCAUUUCGUAAUGAUACCGGACUGUCUGUGGAAAUACUGGACUCCGAAGAUUUCGAGUUGGUCAAUGAUCUACCGCUCGACAUCGAGGUGUACUACAAGACCGAUAAAUACAUGGAGCUGGCGGGUACCGUCACAUCUGGCGGAAAGCGUCUGUCGCUUCCGUUGCCGGUCGUUUACAAUCCGUUUGGCGAAAUCUACUUUAAGCCCAAAGACGACAAGUACGACGUGUCGCGAGAGUCGUUGAAUCUGCAUGCACUGAAUCCGUCCGUACAGUCGUCGUUCCUCGUCAAGUGCGAACCCAGCUCAGAGUCCGGGGAGGAGUUCUACGUGGAGAUAUCAUUGCAGCACCUACAGGCUUAUUUUGAAAACACAAAUCGAAGGAACGUGUUCACCAGCGCCUUCAUUUUUUUGCUACGUCCGGCGCUGAUGUUUCACAAUCUUUUGCCGUUCGCGCUCGAGCUGUCUGUUGGAUCUUUCGCACGUACGCUAAAGCCAGGUGAACUGCUGCCGCUGUUCUGCAUUCAUCCCACUCAUUCUACGCUGCAUCUUACGGUUCUGUCGUCGCCAAAUCUUAAUGGCGAACUGAAACUGUGCAGUCUGUCUGAAGAACUGUCGGUUCACUGUUUUAAAGCGUCUGAGACAGAAAUGAAUUUGGGUGUACGACGAAAUGUUCGCCUCGGUACUGCAUAUCUGUCAUUAUUCUGCCCCGUAUGGAUGGUGAAUAAGACCGGCUUAGAACUGACCUACAAAAUUCAGCUGAAAGUUAAUGAUUCGCAGUUCUCUGAUCCGUUUCCAAUCGAUACCGUUGGCAGCGCUGCAAAGAUUUCGGUUCCUAAACCAAGCGGCUCACCGUACGAGACAUGUAUUGAAAUCAAAGAACAGUUCGACGAUUCUGAUACCUGGUUCCCGGUUGGUAAAGAAAAGUGUGUUGGGUUUUGGCCGAAGCACAAUCGUCAAAACCAAAUGUCACUGAUAAUUAGGUUUGGAGGUACAGACGACCUGUCUCAGCCAUUUCCUUACUCAGAAAAUUUUGAAAGUUUUGUCAUGGUGCCAAAUAAGCUUAUCGGCCUUUACGUGCACGUGCAAAUAUCGGAAAGCAAUGUUGUCAUGACUUUCGAAAAAUACGAAGACGGAAUGACGCCAGCGAUGAUCGUAAAUGCAACGGAAUGUUUCACCGUGCGGUUUCAUCAGUCGUAA